GGCGGACAACAGCAGCAGCAGCAGCAGCAGCAGCAGCGUCGCGCCUUACCUUCCAGCUCAAGGAAUGGACUGACUUUUAUUGCUUCAACACGGCAACACUGACAAAUCCUGUUUCUCCAAAGAGCGUUCAGACUUUAACUCAAACCAAGGAUUGCUUUAAUUUUGAAGUUGAUUAGGGACGUCUUGACUAAAGCGACGACACAGAUUAACUCUUUUUCUUUUUUCCCCCCACUCGCGAGAUUUAUUUGUAGUGGCUGGACGAAACGGGAUUCAACUUAAACGAACCCGCAGACAUUUUGUUAUUUCUGAGAUUUAGACCGUUUUUUUUUUUUUUUUUUUUUUCUUUGCAUCGUACUUUUUUUUUUUCUUCACUCCCGUGCAGGCGCAGCUGUGCUGAAGACAGACAAGUCAAAAAAAGGGCUUUUGAAGGAGCACAAGACGACGGAAGAAAGCAUUUACCCUGCCGCCUUCCUAGCUACAUCCACACAGCGCUGUGUACAUUAAUUAAUUUACACGCUUGUGUGCGUUGAAAAGCAACAGCGAUGGAUCAUUUUGACUGACAAGCUUUUGAAGAAUUAGCUAGCUUAGCCAGUGAGGAAACCAGAACUGAUGGUAGUUUUCUGUCCACGGUAAAUACAGGGUUUCAGACAGGCGUUAGGCGAAUGGUCUUCUAUCACCUCGACAAGCCACCGACUCGUUUAGAAACCUCGCGUACGGCUGCUUUAGUGCAUCACUUAUAUUCAGCUUCAUUAUUUUUUUUGGUUUGCAGGCAGUGCUAGCCACCGUUAGCUUAGGAUCCUGCUAGCGCUGGACAGCUCCUGUUAAAGGCUAGCUUUGGACAAAGGACCAAAACGCAAGGGAAAAUAUAAACACAGGGCACUCGGUUGAUUGUGUUUUGGGAGGACAGCAACAAACAAGGAAUUGACAUGAUGUUUCCACAAUCAAGACACUCAGCUUCAUCGCAGCAGCUGAAAUUCACAACCUCUGACUCCUGCGACAGGAUCAAGGAUGAAUUCCAGUUCCUCCAAGCACAAUACCAUAGUUUGAAGCUUGAGUGUGACAAGUUGGCCAGUGAGAAGUCGGAGAUGCAGCGCCAUUAUAUCAUGUACUAUGAGAUGUCCUACGGGCUCAAUAUUGAAAUGCACAAACAGGCUGAGAUAGUGAAGAGACUGAACGGGAUCUGUGCACAAGUCCUCCCCUACCUGUCUCAGGAGCACCAGCAGCAGGUCCUGGCAGCCAUAGAGAGGGCCAAGCAGGUCACACCCCCAGAGAUGAACUCCAUCAUAAGGCAGCAGCUUCAGGCUCACCAGCUGUCCCAGCUCCAGGGCCUGGCCCUGCCCAUGACCCCUCUGCCGCUGGGUCUGAGCCAGCCGGCCCUUCCUGCCGUCACCACCUCCUCCGGUCUCUUCUCCCUCUCCUCCCUGCUGGCCUCCCAAGCCCAGCUGGCCAAGGAGGAAAAGGCAUCACGCGACGGAGUAGACAGCCACCGGGAGGAGGACGGAGACAAGUCCGAUUAGAUGGUGUACCCCUUCAGCUCUGCUUUUAUCCAGAGACCUGAAUCCCAAGAUCUGAUUCUCCUUUUGGCCUAGAGCCUCUCCCCUGGUCUUCUUCUUCUGACUGAAGCUAACUUGAGCUUCAUUCUUGUCACCAAUACUCCAGCUACAGACCCCAAACCAACUCCUGUUAUUGGGAGAGCUUUGACACCAUCUCCUCAUAUCAGACUAGUCCUGAUCUCUUCAUAUCUACUUUACCUGCUUUGUGUCUUUUACCCAGCAGGGUGACUGCCUCUUAUGCUUCCUGGUUCUUUUCUUCAUGCACUGUCUCUUUUUUAUAUGAUUAGGCUUCAGUUUUUUGCAUGUUCUUUUGUUUUGUUUUGUUUUUUUAAAUCAGGAGUACUUUCUAUUUCUGUCCUUCCCCCCCCCCCCCCUUACGUUUCUUGUUCAAUAAGCUUCUAUUCUACCUUAUGUCCCCCACCUCUUCACCCCCUCUCAUCCAGGACUCAUGUUACACACCACACCAUAGGUGUUGUAACAGGCUAAAUGUUAAACUAGAGAAUAUUUUGGUGAGGUGUAGAAGUUUUCAGGCACAAAACAAGAGUCCUACAAAAACUUCAUUAUCCUGCAGGGCCCAGUGUUGCUGAUAUUUUUGCAAUCCAGAUUACAUGCAUUCAUUUGAAGACAUAAUUUGGCUUUGAGUUAAAACAGUGGUUUGAUAUGGAUAAAAAAAAAGUGAAAUUGAUUCCCUCAUGUCCUGCGUAAAGAUAAAAAACAUCCUUGAAGCUUCACACACACACACACACACAUCCUAACCAAAAACUGCUGCGUUUAGAGCAGAAACAUUGUUAUAAGAAGACCUCUCCAGUUGACAAACUAGAGACGUUGUGUAUAAUCCUACAUUCAUACGUGGAAAGAAAAAGCACCUUCUUAGAGCAAGCUUCAUGCCGUGUCAGACUAGAUAUUAGACCCACCUUAGUCAGUAAUCCUGAUCCUCACCUGAUCCUCUGAAGUAUGUGUGAUUAAAUCCAGCCCAGAACCUUUGCUGACAGACAACAUUUUCAUCAGCAGCUAAAUGAGCAGAGCUGACACUUGACUCCUGCUUCCUCCCACCACUUUUUUUUUUUGUCUUUGUAUGUGCACUGAUAUGAGAGCAGGCACAGAGGGGAGAGAGUGUGCAUGUUGUGUGUUGACAGCAGAGGGCAGUGUGUGUCCUCGUUCGAUUCAGGCCUGAGCAGUGCAGGGACACGCACAGAGUACAGGCUGUGUCACAAAGGAAAAGGCGCAUUCAUUCACUGUGUGUGUGUACAAACGUCAUAUACAAAGACUAGUCCAGCCAGACAUUAUCCUCUGCAUGCAGUCAGACUGUGUCAUGAUCCAGUUCUUGAGGAAUAUCGUCUUUUGGUCUAUUUAAGGAAGCAUUGAAGAGAAACACAACUGGACCCAUGCUUUCAAUCCCUCUGUACGUUCAGAUUUAAAUACUUUACAUAUGAAGGCCCGUCACAUAUCCCACUACUUAUUAUAGAUGGUUUCCCACCUACAGACAUCACAGAGUAGGAAAUCUCGAAAUCAAAGCGUCCAUCUCACAAAUGAAGCACAAACCGGAGCUACUCCCAUGAGUAAAAGCUCCCCUCAGGCUCACAUGCCCUGCACACUUACUCGGGUGUUUUCAGUUUGUCUGAUUGGGCCUCUUGUCAGGUGAAACUAUAAUGGAAAUAAUCUAGCGUCAACAAACUCAAGAAUUUUGUUCCCUCAUUAGUUCAAAUAUGUACUGUAUAAUAGCAGCAUCCGCACACUGAAUCCAGCAGCGGAUUAUGGUUGCCGGCUAAUGCCCCUUUUAAUUACUUGGGGUUUUAAUUACUUAAUGAAUAACUGUGGCUGGCGUGAGGCAUCCAUGUUCAUUUGGCUUUCAGGCAAUCCCAUAUAUCAAAGCUUUCCCAGUUUCCCUGUAUGGGAAAGCUCUGAUUUCCCAGUACUAAUUACUGCUUGAAGUGUGAGGAAGAUGUUAGGAAAGCAAGGAUUAGAGUCGCCCCCAGAGUCCUAAGAAGAGGUUAGAUCAGUCCAACAUUAGUGAAAACACGUGUGUGGACUCAGGAGCUCUAGCAAGUGUAGUAGCAGCUUUAAUGGCCCCUUUAAAUAUCCUUUUCUACACAUUCAGUCAACAUUUUUAGGUUGUUUUCUCAACAAUACAUACCUACAAAUGUCAGUAGUGGUGAUUUAAAUGUCUUAAAUGGCUGCCACUCUCCAUCGACACAUAACAUUUGAUGUUUCGGUCAGUCUGAGUGUUAGUUUAAAGAGCACUACCACGGUGUGCGUGUAAGCAUCUGAACAAUAAUUUCAUUUGUGUACUUUCAGUAACUAAAACACACUAUUCUGCUUAUCACUUAAGGUAGCAGCACAUGGAUCUUCCCGUCUAGCCACAGACUGUAUGUAACCAGCUACAUACUGUUCUUGUUUUAGUGAUAAGAAGACAGUAUAGAGACACACACACACACACACACCAGUGCAUGUCUGCAGGGGAACGCAGGCUGAUUUCUAUUUUGGUGGAGACAUUUUGAAAAAUAUGUUAAGUCUAAACUUUCUGUGAUCAAUGCACUUGUCUAAUGUUUUUUUUUUCUUCCUCUACUUUUGUUUUCAAGUAUUAAUCGAUAUGAGCUAGAAUGAGAAUUACAAAGCUGUCGUUAUAAACAUACAAAUUAAAUUCUAUGUAUUUGUUAGUAGUUGGAGGCGCUCGCCUCCACAUACAGUUAUACAUAGAAAGCUUUAUGUGUAUAUAGCUGCAUCUUCUCUUGUCUGUUCUGGAUGAUUCUUGUGAUUUGUGUUACAAAAUUGUGACACCAGGGGAGAAACUGCAGUACUUUGAUCCUUUAAACUUUUACCUCUCCUCUGACUCCCAUUCGCCAAUCCCAGUUCCUCCCAUCCUACAUCCUGCCUGUCCAACUCUUUGCCCCAAUAGCGUGAAGCAUUGUAAGCGUUUUGAGCUUUGUAAAGGUCUUUUUUUAAAUACUUAUUUUGUGCAUAAUGUAAAACCUCAAAGUGUGUACUUUGGAAAAAAAAAUGUUUUGUGUCUGAAACCAUAGCUUCAUUGAAACCAAAAAAAAGAAAGUAUUGAAAAAAAAAAAACAUUUACUAUAAAUAAUAUGAAAUGUUCUGCAGUAAGGAAGGACUUCUGGUGCCUUACAAAUAAAGUCAAUCAAAUCAUAA